AUGGCGAUCAUCAUGGGCUUCUCUGUCCUACUCUUUACGUCGUCGGUCUUUGUACUGGUUAAUACACUUGAAUCUCAUGUCUAUGAAGAGCGUUUGACGAGUGCAACGUCUCCAUUAGCACUAAAUUCUGCUCUACCGUCGCAGAUUCAUGUCGCUUUCGCUGGUGAAGUGACUACGAAGAGCUACAAAGCCAUUCGGACGUCAACUACUGCGACGAUUGAGACGCGAUUGGGUAUGACAAUCUCAUGGCUGACAGACAUGAAGACGACUACGUCUUUGGUGCGCUAUGGACUGUCAAUGAACAAGUUGACGACGAUGCAAAAGGCCGAGAAACCUUGUGAGCAGUACUUCUUUUGCGCGUACAAGUCGCCUUGGUUACAUCAUGUGACUAUCCCGGGUGACAAGCUCAAGCCAUAUACGACUUAUUUCUAUCAAUGUGGAGACGAGAUUGGUGGAUGGAGUACGGUGUAUUCGUUCAAGACAGCUGUAAUUGUUGGAGACGAGAGACCACAGACAUUUGGUGUCAUUGGAGACCUCGGCCAAACAGUGUACUCGAAACAGACGCUUCGUCAUCUUGAAAGCUACCGCUUGAAGAUGAGUGCUAUCGUGUGUGCUGGUGAUCUGUCGUAUGCUGAUGGUGAGCAGCAUCGAUGGGAUCGAUGGGGUAAAAUCGUCGAACCGUUGACUGCUCGAAUGCCCUGGAUGAUUUCACCUGGCAAUCAUGAAGUCGAGCGCCCUUGCCAGUUGGAAGUGAGUGAGUUUGUGGCCUACCAGUCUCGAUUCCAAAUGCCUUAUGAGCAGAAGAAUUCUUUGCAGCGUCGCAAUUUGUACUACGGCUUUCGUGUUGGCCUCGUGCACUUUAUCAUCCUGACACCGUAUGUCGAAUUUACUUCGACGUCACUGCAGUACAAGUGGCUCCAGCAAGAGCUCUUACGCGUCGACCGCAGUGUUACUCCGUGGUUGGUGGUCAUCAUGCAUGGUCCAUGGUACAAUAGCAACACAGCGCAUCAGAGUAUGGAGCCACACAUGAUGAUGAAGAAGCACAUGGAGGAGGUUCUCUACCGGAACAAGGUGGACGUGAUCAUUUCGGGGCACGUCCACGCCUACGAGCGUAGUUAUCCCGUGUACAAGGAAAAGCUAGUAGUCGAUGGUCCAAUCUACGUUGUGCUAGGCGAUGCUGGCAACCGUGAAGGUCUGGCACCCACAUACAUCGAUCCACAGCCGAAAUGGUCUGCCUUUCGUCAGGCUGACUAUGGCUUCUCGCUGUUACAUGUGGCUAACCGGACCCAUGCAAGUAUGCAAUGGUUUGAAAAUCAAGCAGAAGGUGAGGCUCUUGUACGUGAUACAGUCACUUUGACGACAUCCAAGUACCGAUCAAGCUAG